UACCUCAUGAUGAUGAUAACACAAUCUUUCACCUCAAAUGUAGAAUCAAAGAAAAAAGGGAUGAUCUAUUUGGUGGAAUGAAAGCAUCUGAUAUCAAUAUCUACAAGUCGAAUUAUACACAAUCAGAUAAAAAAACGAUUGAAAUGUGUAAAGUAAAAAGUGAUGGUAAAUAUGGCUUGGAGUUAUCUGGCACUGAUUCGAUUUCUAGCCAUUUUCCUAACACAAUGAUUGAGCAUAAGACAGAAAUUCGCAUUGAUCUCUUUGUAGACCGUCCUAAAGAAUAG